AUGUAUUAUAAUGUGUAUGAGAAGUUGGUUUUUGAAUACAGAAUAAACAACACCCGACGUCGAGCGAUUAUAUUAGACAAGCAACCUAAAGAUGCUGCAGAUGAGCACGUUGCUGAGGUUGUUUAUGCUGAGGAGUUGCAGAGUCAGACUGUUACUGACCCAGCUGAGGUGGCCGAGAUGGAUAUGACCCAUAUUGUUGAUGAGGUUGUUGAUGAGGUCGAGACAGUUGACGUCGAGGCUACUGCAAUUGGUGAUACAAAGGUUACGACUCCUGCUUUGACAAAGCCAUCUGUGCAUACUGAUAGCGAGUUUAUAGGAGAACCCAUUAACCAAUCAAUGCUUACCGAGUAUGCUGACCAUGUGGCAUAUCGAUUAUGGCAGGGAGAGGAUCGUCCCAUGCUGAAGGCCAUAUCCCACAGGUCAAAGAUGAAGAACUUUUGUAAGAUUUUGAUGCCUGAGCAGGUAAGACGAAUUGUUGCUGAUUUCGGUCUCAUAUCAUUUACCAACCGCUCACUUACCAUGCUUGAUGUUUCACUUCUGACUGUCAUUAUUGAGCGAUGA